AAAUCAAUGUUUUAACAAGACAUAUGAAUAUGAGGGACAUGUUUAAAUUAAUGUUAUUAUCUGUAUUGAUAAAUUAUAGUGAAGCCGUACCAGGGAACAAGAUUGAGUGCGGAUAUAAGCAAUGUCCUCCAACUAGAGACGGCGCUUUGAAUGUCCAUCUCAUCCCUCAUUCUCAUAUGGAUGCUGGAUGGGUGAAGACAUUUGAUGAAUACUAUCAUGGCACCAAGACAAGCGUCAGCUCCGCCAACGUCCAACUCAUCUACCAUUCUGUUUUAUCCGAACUUCUGCACGACAAGAGAAGAAAGUUCACUUUCUCUGAGACAGCGUAUUUUUGGCGAUGGUGGAAGGAACAGCGAGCGGCAACACGAGCUACAUUCAGGUCUUUGGUCGCGGAAGGUCGUAUCCAGUUCGCCGGAGGCGGCUGGGUACAGCCUGAUGAAGCUACCACUGAUUACCUCCAACUGCUGGAUCUGUAUACCUGGGGCUUGAGAAAACUGAAUGACACUUUGGGCCCUUGUGGCAAACCCAAAGCUGGUUGGCAGAUAGAUACUUAUGGACAUACAAGGGAACAUACCUCUUUAUUAGCACAAAUGGGCUUCGAUGGACUAUUCAUAGGAAGAGUGGACCACAAAGAGAGAGAAUCGAUGAUGGAUGAGGGUAGAAUGGAGUUUAUGUGGCGAGGAAGUGAUGUUUUGGGUAAAAUGUCUGAUAUCAUGACUCACACGAUGUUUAACCUGUACAACGCUCCCGAAGGCUUCUGUUUCGACUUCCUAUGCAAUGACGAACCAGUGGUAGACGAUCCUGAUAGCAGGGUGUUCAAUGCUGAUAAAUUAGUUAAUAAUUUUAUCAGUCAAAUAGAAAGACAAGCCAAGUACUAUGACCACGACACUAUCCUGGUGACACUGGGCGGGGACUUCACUUAUCAAAGCGCAGCCAACUGGUUCAUGAAUAUUGACAAACUAAUUAACUACGUCUCAUCUCACCCAGCUAAUAUAUCAGAUGUCAAUAUAUUUUAUUCCACACCGGCCUGCUACCUCAAAGCCAUUUAUUUGUAUGGACGAAGAGAUAAAGCUGUUCACACAGAAAAAGGAGACCAUCUUCCAUACGGCAGUGAUAUAAAUACGUAUUGGACAGGCUUCUACACAUCAAGACCAUCUUUGAAAUAUUUGGCGAGAAGGGCUCACGUAUUUCUUCAGAUCGUGAAGCAGCUGACGGUUAUUUCUCGUAUGGGAGAUUUUUACGAAUUGCAUUUACUGCGACACGCAACAGCGUUGGUGCUUCAUCAUGAUGCUAUUACUGGGACAAGUCAACAACGAGUAUCUGAUGAUUUUAUUAGAAUUAUAUCCGAAGCCAUCGACGCCUGUUCCAAAAAAGUUUCCCAGUUUCUAAGUAUUCUGACGCCCACGUGGGGAGCGAGUCGUCGGUCGAAGAACUACCAACAGUUUGUCAUGUGCCAUCAACUUAAUAUGAGCCAAUGUAAAUUCUCCGAGACUCAAGAAUCAAUUUUGCUGGUAGUGUACAACCCCCUCAGCGUUAAAACAUACUCUCACGUACGACUGCCAGCCGUAGCACUACACUACUCUAUAAGAGAUUUUAACGAUGAUGAAGUGGAGUACCAACUGGUUCCACUUCCUGCUGCGAUCAUUAACCUGCCAGGGCGCAGUUCCACCGCCAUCCAGGAGCUGGUCUUUGAGGCUGAAAACGUCCCACCACUGGGAUUUACCUCCUACCACAUAUCACCAAUACGAGAUCAACUGGCUGAGAACCAGUUCUUGAAGAAAUCACAAGACGUCCAACAAGACCUUAUUAACUUUAUUUCUAAUGAAUAUAUUAAAAUAACUGUCGACAAAACCACCGGUCUGCUAGAAUCUUUCCAGCACGUCGACGGGAUAAAAAUAAGUCUGUCCCAAAAUUUCUACUUCUACAGCCAGACUCAGCAGGUUUUACAAUCUGGGGCGUAUAGCUUUAGACCGGAGAAAGAAAAACCUACUCCUGUGACUGACAAAGUGACCUUUCACACUAUACGAGGCCCUUUAGUGAAGGAAAUACGACAGCGUUUCAAUGAUUGGAUCACCCAAGUAGUCCGACUCCAUCGCGGAGAGGAGUUCGUGGAGAUAGAGUGGAUCGUGGGACCCGUGCCCAUUGGAACUGAUCUUGGCAAGGAAGUUGUCACAAUAUAUCAAACCAACAUCAGCAAUAACGACGUCUUCUACACCGACUCCAACUCGAGACAAAUGAUCAAAAGGUCGUGUUGGAAUGAAUCUUCGAUAACACAACAAAGGAAACCAGUGUCUUCCUGCUACGCUCCGGUUAGCUCACGCAUCUGCAUCGAGGGUAACAGCAGCGACGGGAUGUGCGUGCUGACGGACAGAACGAUGGGUGGUGUGGGACGCGAGGGUGGCAUUGAGAUCAUGGUCCAUCGAAGAUUAUUAACAGACGACGGCUUUGGUUUAGACGAGUCUCUGAAUGAGGAAGCUUACGGAGUCGGACUGGUGGUGAGAGGAAAACACAGGUUGUACGUGGGAAACUACCACCAAGAAGUCGACGACCAAACUUUUUUCGAAAGAACAGCCCAAUUGGCGAGGAAGUGGAUGUUUGAGCCGUGGCCGUUCAUGACUUCUGCUGAGAAGAUCAACAGGCGGAAAUGGCAAAACAUUAGAAACAAAAGGUUUUCCGCCCUUCGUCUGCACGGCUUACCGCGUCAUAUACACGUGCUUACUUUAGAGCCUUGGAAGGGAGGCUCGGUACUGUUGCGGCUGGAAAACACUUUAGAAUCUUAUCACGCAAUCCACAACCUAGGAAAAGACUUGCCGCAUGACGUAAGAAACGCCCACAUAACAGUCGAACUCCGCAAGAUAUUCCUCCACGCUGCGAUUAAAUCAGUACGAGAGACAACGCUGGCAGCCAAUCAAUGGCUGGAAGAUGCCCGCCAAAUGGAUUGGAGCACAAGAUACGUGUACGCUGGUGGUGAUGACGGUCUACUACCAGAAGAUAACCCAGACUACAUCGAUGAUUUGAAAUUCAAUAAGGAAUCCGACAAUAAAGACAAUGAACACGUUAUGGAGGAGAGAUAUCCCAGAAGAAAAGAAGCAAAGCAAAGAAGCUCUGAAAAAGAUGAUUCUAAACUAUCAAAUAAAUACAGUUACAGUAGGACAAAACGAUCUUCCAAUAACAAUGAUACACUUCAAACCAAUUACACAAACGACCAGACAAUAAAUAUCACAGAUAACCGGCCACUGUUGGGUUUCGAAAGCAGGACUUUUGUACCAAAAAACAUUAGUGAAACAGGUUUCGAUGUCGUUAAAACCGAAGCAGUUACAAAAAAAUAUAAAAAAUCGAAAUACAGGACCCUAAAAGCUCGACCACUGAAGUUUUUUAGAGAUCUAAGUAACGAGAGCGAUGAAAUUGAUGAGGAUAUCCCUGUUGACCUGAAAAAACGAUCAUCCAAAAGAAAAAAUGCAACCAAAAAGUUCACAUCGUAUUCAUUGGCUGAUUUAUGCACAGAAGACACAGACGACGGUAUAACAAAAUCAAUAUAUGAAAUGUACUAUAAAGUCAAACCGCGAAAAGGUUCCUUCAAACCCUACAUCAGAAGCUCGGAGGUGACGGAAGAUAGAAGGGUUAAGAGAAUCGAUGACUAUUCAAGUGAGGAAGUCGCCAAUACAAGAAGUAAGGGGCGGAAAGGGGGGAGACUCCGAAAUUCUGACAAACCGGACAAAAGACGUGACCAUGGAAAUAUGUAUUCUCAUAGAGAAUCCAAACCAAAAACUUCGGAAAGAAGAAGGAGAGGCAGACGGGAGUAUCUCGACUACUCCCAGGAGGAAGAAGUGAACUCACCAGCUUACGAAGAUUACAAUGAAGAGGAGACAUAUACGAGAAACAAAAGAGCGACCCAAAAUGACGAACAAACCUACCAAAGCGCUGAGGAGCCAGAUCAAGACUAUGUCAUCACUCUAAAGCCGACUCAAAUAAGAACAUUCGUUAUUUGGUUCGAGGAAAAGAAACCAUACAGUCUAUAAGAAAUUAAUUAAUACGCAUACAUUUAUUUAUUUUUAAAGCAUAUACGUAUAUUUUGUACCUGUAGAAAAAUAAGCUUAACGAUUCUUACAAGUCUUACGAGAAUUCAAGAACUUUAGAGAUCUGUAUGGUUAAGGAUAUAUCUCUAUGGGAUUAUUAUGAAGUAAUUUUAUUGUGAUUGAAUUUAAUAUUAGCAGAAAGAAAAAAUAUAAAGCCUUUAAAAAACUAUUUCACCAACACUAAUUAUUUUACAAAAACUAAUUUAAUUCCACUAAACUGUAAUUUUGUUUUUAGUAGGGUUGCCAUUUAAAGACUUAAAGCUCAAAAAAUCUUUGCGCUUUUUUUUCGAACAUCGAGUCCGAGGAAAAGAGUGGCAACCCCACAAACCUCAGCUUCAGCUUGUACUGACCUAAAAAAAAUUGAUUUAAGGCGUAGUGCUUAAAAUAUUCCAACAAAUUAGUUAACCUUGUGAAUUCUUUGAAACAAAGUAUAGAAUAAACAACAAAAAACCAUAAUUAAUUCCGAGAUUAUGCGAGAGAGUAAUGAUUUUUAUUUUUAGUUAGAAAAACCAGUCAUAAACAAGCCGUGACAUUGACACAAUUGUGGCAGACAAUUGAACUGCAGUGUUGGAAAUUAUAAAAUUUUUAAUUAGAUAAUAACAAAAUUAGAAUAGGAAGGAAUAUAGACAUCAUUGUAUACAAAAAUAUACUUUAAUAAAUACGAACUAAUCAAACCUUUAAUUAUGGUUACUUUUCAAGUGGCAAUUAAGAUAAUAA